GUUCUGAUUUCAAGACGAGCGUAGAAAGAGUUUGUGGAACAUUGCACAAUUAUUUGGAGUGAUAUAAAGUUCAAAAUCAGAUACUGUUACCAUGUCUGGAAAGAGAUGUGCACGUCUUCGAGUGAUAUUUGGUAUAGAUGAUGCCAGGAAAAUGAUCCUGCCAAAUGGAAUAUCUGACUCAGUAGAUGCUCUCAUCAAAGAAGUACAGUUUGCUUUUCAAUUGAUAGAAGACAUUAGAUUACAGUACAAGGACAAUGACUUCAAUGAAUUUCUUAAUUUAACUUUAACCUCAGAACUUGAAGAUUUGAGCACCAUAAAAGUGGUCUACGUUGAGAAAUCAGAGCAAACUGUUGAGCGUUCUCAAUCGCCUUUGCCAGUACUUGAUGACUGCAGCUCUGUAAUGUCAGGUGACACAGAUGACACAGUAAUCUCUUCACUUUCAACCAGAACACAGGCAUGGCCAAAAGUUUUCCAAAUUCCACAAUUUUCAUCCGAAACUGAACUUCAACUUGAAAAGGGUAAUGCAGAAUAUAGGAAAAAGAAAAUGAUACUGACAGUAAGCUCAAAGACGAAAAGUGACAUACUGCAGAAGCUUGCAGAAGAGAUAUUUCGAUUUAAAGCAUACCCACAAGACGCCAACUUCUGUGAGGUGUCCGAGGCCCUGAUAAAGAAGCACCCCUGCCUACAAGAGCCUGGGUCGUAUAAUGGAUGCUCUGGGUGGAAACAAAGGCUAAAAUAUAAAAUGGGAAAUUAUCGGACACAAAUGAAGCUUUAUGGUUGUCCAGAGCUUGCUGUAAAUUCUGUAAAAAACAAGGCAAGGGAAGGUGACAGUGUCUACCCAGCAAAAAACGUGAAAAAGGCAAAGAGGGCCGAGGCAAACUACUUACCUGAUUUACCUCAGGGUGAGACACCAGAAAGCCUUGAAGCGGAUAGAGAAAUGCUUAUGAGAGAGGCAAAGAAAAGAAACAAUGAAAGAGUCAUUCGAGAACUCAUGGCAAAGACAUUUGCCUAUAGAAGGCACGAAGUAGUGAAGGAGCAGCCAAGGGUGGAGGAUUUUAUGAAGCGAUGGCCUGCACUUUUCAAAGUGAAUGAGAUUAAUGCUGAGUUCCUGCGGAUUACUACAAUCCCUCUCCAGUCCAAAUUUCUUGCACAGCUGGACAAAUAUACCAACAAACUGACAAGCAUCAUAAGACAUAAAGGAGGAGCUGCCCACUAUAAGACUGCCAGUUUCAUUCAAGCCGUAGAUCAGAAAAAUGAUGUAAACAUCAGAAGAGAGUUUGUGCUGAGGUCACUUAUUAUUUACCUUGGUGAGGAUGACAAGGAUCUUAUCAAAGAAUAUCUGUUGUAGGAUACAUUAGGAGAUGAUGCUGAAAGAGAAAUGAAGACACUCAAAAUGGCCAUAUUUGUCAUCCGUAAAGAGGGUGAAGGACCCUUUCACACACCUAAAGAAGUCGCCAUUGUUAUUGAAGGUGUAGAGGUGCUAAAUAGACUACAGUCUGUUGCAGCAGCUUGUCCAAUAUUGUUUGGUCUAAUGUAUGCAAUAAAUCUUAGAUACCCUAAAGAGUUAAAACUCACUUUUGAAGUUUUCCAAAAAGUGUUUAUGGAACUGGAGGGAAAUAAGAAAUUAACCAGAGUGCAGAACCUAAGCAGCAAGCUUCUCAGCUGAGAUUAAUUUGGCGAUAAAUGUAUUUAUGUCCAAGUUUUAAGACUACACCACAAAGCAGUUUAUUUGUAGAAUAUCAUUUGUUACUUUUUGAAUUUGUCUUUAAACUCCUGUGAUAUUUUGCAUUGAUCUCCGUAACCAAGGUUGUAGUUGUGUUUUAGUUCUUCUAAUUAGUGUUUUGAAAGAGGGCAUUCAUUGCACUAAGUCUAAUAAAGCAUUUGAAAGUUUAUUAUUCAAAAAAAAAUUACAGAAUUAACUAAACUGAAUUUGCAUUGCAUUACUUGAAUCUUUGGUAAAUUGUUCAAUUGGUUGUAUGUAAU